AUGCCUUCUCAACGCCCCUUCUUCCUCUCCACCUUCUUCUCCUCCUUCCGCCAGUCCACAGCGCUAUCCGCGCAACAACCGAACAAGCACUCCACGCAGACGUCGUCUUCGUCAUCAUACGCCACACAGUCCUCCUCAGCGCCGCGAGCAAUCUCCUCGAACGCGGCGACGUCAUCAAGUAGCGGAACCGCUAACGGCACCGCCAACUCAACGACGCGUUCGACAUCCGGCGUCGUGAACCAGUACCCACUCCACUCACCGCGUGGCGGUGUCCCGAUACCCGGCAGCAGCAGCUCGAACCGACGACGCGGCAGCGACAGCAGCAGCGAGGGUUUCCGUGACGUACUUGGAGCCGAAAAGUGGUAUAUCGGCGGACGGACCGCCGGUGGCGAGGAAAAGUUCUUCAAGCUUGGCGUUGUACGAAGAGUACGCAGCAACGAUGGUCUCAGUCUGGAUCGACUGAGCUUAUAG